UUUCACGUGCAUCGAAAAAUAUUCUUCUUUCAAUCAGUUCUUCAAGUUACGAAUUGUUAAUAAAAAAAUAAAAGAUCAUUCAUUAAGACACAAACUUUCCAUACAUAUUAAAUUCGUUGUUUCAAGUCAUCUGAGUCAAAGUCAGCGUCUAUUUGUUUGUUGCUACAGGUGAGCCUUGCAACGGAUUGUAUUUGUGGUUUACAUGUGAAAUUCAUUCGAUAAUGAUGACGUCACAACGUAACUGAACAGCAGUGAAAGCGAAAAGCAUGUUUUAAUCAAAUUUUGAAAGAAAGUUUAAUCAUGAGGGGAAUUGUAAAACAAAUUGAAAAAGCUAUCGAAGAGAAUGAUGGAACCCAAAUAAAAGUUAUACUUCUGUACCACAAGAUGAAAAUAGAUUUAGAAUGCAAAAAUUCUUCUGGUCGCACGUUCUUACAGGAAUGUUGCAUGAAGGGUCAUUUAAACAUUGUUCGUCUGCUUGUUGAUCAAGGCGCAAGUUUGGAAACAAAAGACUGCAAUGGAAAUACAGCUUUGCAUUACGCUUGUUUACACGCGAACUUUCAAAUUACAAGGUUUCUUAUAAUGAGCUGUGCAGAUGUUUAUGUUCGAAAUUUUGAGGGACAGCAACCUGUGGAUUUAGUUACAGACGGGUCAUUAAAAAUACUUGUAGAGAUGGCUAUGACAAUGAACUCGCAAGAAAAUCGAUGUAUGACCAUGGGUAGAAUACGCAAAAAAAGAAGUAAUUCCAACCCGAGGUUUUAUUCAGACAAAUAUAGAGUUGCCAGUUUGGAAUCGGACAAAAAUACUAACAAAAGUAACGUACGUGAACAAAGAAGACAUUCGCAAGAUACAUUAUUAGACCAAAAAUUUAAACCUAAAAAAAGCUUUUCUUUUAAUAAAGAUCGUAGAAAUUCAUGGACUGGGAAAAUCAAAAAAGGAGACAGUUUUAAAAAAGAUUCGAGUCGGAUUAAAAGCAAAAUAUUGAACAAAAAAGUGUCAAAUCUCCAAGCGUUGAGAAAAGUGUCGAGUGAAACAGACAUCGAGCGCUUGAAUGACGAAGCAGCGCAUAUGAACAAAAUGCACAAAACAGAAAACACAGAUCAUUUAGAUUUAGUUGGCUUGACUAUUGAAUAAAAAAACUAUUUCUACUGCUUUUGUUGGUCUGGUAACUAAGUUGGGCCAGAUUUUAAAAAAGUACGGCUGUUAUAUAAUCCUAAUAAAGAGCGAAUAGCAUGUUUAAUAUUUCUUCGCAAAAUCUAGAGAUUCUUAUCUGUAUUUUCGAAAUUUAGACCGGCUGUAUGCUCUCUGUGUACCACUACAUUCUCAAGAAUUCUCUUUUAAGAAAAUUAACCUAUGACAGCGUAAAAAACGUGAGUUUUAAUAUGCAAAAAGGAUCAAUUUUAAUUAAGCCUUAAACUUCUUCAGCCAGUUCAUCCUUUUAAAGUCUUUACUUUCAGAAGACAAAAUAUGUCUGGUGUUGGUGUUGAUUGUGCAAGCAUCGAGAAAAAUUUUUUGUCAACAGAGGGGCAAAUUGACCAGAUGUGCACGCUUUUUCUAUAAGAAUCAGUAGAUAGGGCUUGAGGUUCUUAUUUUUAAGCCUAUUUCAGCUUUAUUUUUUUCUUAGUUAUGGAUCUAGUUUUUCUAAAUUUCUUCGAAAUUUUAUGUUGAUAUGAAAAAUAGAUAUUUUUGUUACUAA